AUGUCGUUGCCAUCUAAUUUAAAAGAUUUAUACUUGGACUGGCUCCAAGAGUUGAUCGAUUCAUUGGGGUCUCAUCAAGAUCAAUUAAAGAUCACAUAUGAAAAGGCUAAACGGAAUUUAGCUAGUACUGAUGGUGUGUUUGUUUAUCCUAAUGAUCUUUUAAAAAUUAGUGGUAUUGGUAAUGCUAUCAUGAGGAGGAUGGAAAAGAAGUUGGCUACUUAUUGUAAGGGUAUUGGAUGCAAUCCACCAACAAUGGCGGCUUCAAGCGAAACAGAAGAUGCUAGGACAGGUUCGAAAAGAUCAAUGACUACAUUACGAUCCAAUAGUACAUUAGGAGAUGGUACAAAUGAGCAGCCAGUUAAGAGAAAGAAACGGAAAUAUAUUCCAAAGAAGCGAUCUGGUGGUUAUGCAAUUUUAUUAGCAUUAUUAGAGUCAAAAGCUAUUUCAAGAGGUUUGACAAAGGAUGAAAUUAUCGAGAAUGGACAAAAAUUCUGUAAAACUAGUAUGGCACCAAAUUAUGCAACCAAGGAAAUGUAUGGGGCAUGGUCAUCGAUAGCGGCUCUUAAAUCUAAUUGUCUAGUACUUGAGGAAGGUAGACCGAAAAGAUAUAUUUUAACAGAUGAAGGUAUGGAUUUGGCAAAGACAUUGAAAAGUGCAGAUAACAUUGUAUUCCCUGAUGAAUAUAUAUCAAAUCAAAUGAUGAACAAUAACAAUCAAGUAGACCCAAACGAAGAGUUUUCGGCUGAUUUAAGUACUCUGUAUCCAGAAAAUAAAAAGAGCACUAUGAAGAGAUCCUAUAGUUCAUCACUGCUUGAGAUUACAAUACACCAACAGAAUAGUUCUCCAGUGUUUUCAAGACCAGAGAAUACCAAUAUAUUUACCAGUUCUAGUAAAGGGACCCCAAAUCAAAGUACUAGACCAUUAAGCGAAGGUAAUACCAACUCUGACCAAGAAAAGAUAAUAAGAAGACGGUUUAAAGGUACCAGCUAUGAAUUGUGGAAAAGAGAUGCAUUCGAAAUUUUGCCAAUUAUUGAUCAUAGAGAAGUUAAAUCGAAAGCUGACAGGGAAUUUUUCAUCAAUGCAUUUGAGAGAAAGGGUAUGAAAGCAGAUAUGAAACAAUUAGCACUGGGGGAUAUAAUAUGGGUAGCUAGACAUAAGAUAUCAGGUUACCAAUGUGUACUUAAUACCAUUGUAGAAAGAAAAAGACUUGAUGAUUUAGCGGAUAGUAUUAAAGAUAACAGGUUUAUGGAACAGAAAAAUCGUUUAGAAAAAUCAGGUUGUAAACAUAUUUAUUAUUUAAUUGAGGAGACCAUUGGAUCAUCGAUAGGUGGUAUGGGAGAAGCAUUGAAGACGUCACUAUGGUUGAUUCUUAUUUAUUAUAGGUUUUCAAUGAUUCGGACAUCUAAUUCAGAUGACACUGUUGAAAAGUUAUUUGCAUUGCAUCAAGUCAUUAAGAAGCAAUAUGAAGGCAGAGAUCUAAUAGUCUUGUUCCCUGGGGAAUUAAACUCACAAGAUGAUUAUAAAAAAAUAUUAUCGUUUUUCAAAGAAGAAUUCGAAAGAUCAAAUACAGUCGAAUGUUGUCAUAGUUUUGAAUGUUUCCAAGAUGUAAUGGGGAAAGGCGAUAUGAAAACAGUAAGAGAAUUGACAAUAAACGUCUUGAUGUAUAUCAAGGGUGUUUCCUUAGAGAAGGCAAUUGCAAUUCAAAACGUAUAUCCUACAUUGAAUCACAUUUUAAUGGCCUAUAAAGAAUGCAAAAAUGAUGAAGAAGCAAGAUUAUUACUUUUCAAACAACUGGGCAAUGCGCCAGGUGCCAAAAAGAUAACAAAAAGUCUAUCAGCAAAAAUUGCAGAGACAUUUACAUGA